AUGGCAACCCAACUCCGCUUAAAGCUUGUGAUAGACAGAAAAACCAACAAAUUCUUGUUUGCAGAAGCAGGGACAGAGGUAGUAGAUUUCCUCUUCAGCCUCCUCUCCUUGCCACUAGGCUCAAUUAUUAAGCUUAUUACCAAAGAAAAAUUAAUGAAUACUCUGUUUUUUACUGGCACAAGCUCGACACCAACACCAACACCAACAAAUGGGCGAAAGGUAUAUAGAUGCCCUAAUAGCUGUGCAAGCUCUGCCGAUGUUUAUGCUGCUCGCUGUUCUUGCGGUCUUCAGAUGACCGCUGAGGUGGUUUCCAUGGCCGUGAUAGUGAAGGGAAUGGUGACUUAUACCGUGAUGGACGAUCUCACCAUUACGCCAAUGUCUGCUUUUUCUAGCAUCACGAUGCUGGCCAAGUUCGAUGUUAAGGACGUCGGAUCGCUUGAGGAGCGGACGGUGAAUCUGGGGAUGAGCGAGGGUCUGAAGCUGCUCGAGGCUUCUCUGCAGUCGAGGACUGUUCUGACCGAUGUGUUCAUCGAUCGGGAGGCGGCAGCUGAUGAAGCCAAAUGAUGCUGGUGCGAGAUGUGCGCUCAACGACCUUUUUGGGACCUUUCUGCUAAUAUGUUGGAAUGUAUGAUGUGAUGUGUAUAUGUUGGCUCAGCGACCUUUUUGGGACCUUUCUGUUAAUGUUGGAAAGUAUGAUAUGAUGUGUGUAUAUGUUGGCUUUGCGAGGUGUGGUGAUCCAUGGCUGUGUUUUGUGAAUGGGAAAAGCGAA